AUGGAGGCUCCGGGUUGCUGCGGGCUGUGCCAGGCCGAGCGGCCGCCCUACACCUGCCCGCGCUGCCACAUCCGCUUCUGCUCCGUGCCUUGCUACCGGGAGCACGACUCCUGCGCCCGGGACUUCCAGACGCGAGAGUUGGAACUUCGGCUCCGGGGCCAGCGGGGGGAUGCGGCGACCCGACGCCGCCUGAGGGAGGCCCUUCUCCGGCUGCAGGAACUACGCGAGCCCGGGGAUGCAGACCCCGAGCUAGGCCUCGACCCGCAGGCGGAAGACCUGUGGGGGCAACUAACCUCUCAGCAGCGCCAGAGGUUCCAACAACUGCUGAGCAGCGGGAAGAUUUCGGGGGUCCUGCCCCCCUGGCAGCCCUGGUGGGUCAUAGCCAGCCAGGGGCCACCCCUGGUCCAGAUGCUUGGAGCUAAGGAUGCCCAGGAUUCGCACCAGCAGCAGCAGCAGGGAGCCAAGCAAGAUCUGGAGGCUUCAUCCCAGCUUCCAAAGGAAGAGACUGUCGCAGGGGACCAGAAUCUGCCUCCUGCCCAGGAUUCCAACUCGCUACCUGCCCAGGAUUCCAACUCGCUACCUGCCCUGCCUGAUGCAAUCCGCCCCUUGAGCAACUUCACCAGCGUCCCCAUCUCCCCCCUGGUGCGCUUCCAGCUGCCCAAUGUCCUCUACGCCUACGCCUACGCGCUGUCGCUCUACAACGGAGAGGCGGACGAUGUCCAACUGCUGCCCGAAGUCUGCGAGACCCUCCUGGACCUCUCGGCCGUGCUGGGUGCCCAGCGGGUCUUCUCCUCCACGGGGGAGGCCCUGCAAGCCGCCAUGCAGGCCGUCGUGGAGAGCCGCUACCCGGAGUGCCCGCUGGGAAAGGCCGGGGCAGUGCAGGCUGUGGGUCAGAUUUUAAGGGGGGGCAGCCUGGAGAAGCGGAACCGGUUCACCCUGGCGGCCCUCGCCCACCUGUCCAGGCUGUUGGGUCAAGGCAAGCGGUGGGUGGCCCCCAAGGACCAGCCCAGGAUCUACAAGGCUAAGAAGAAAUGCGAAUUCCUGCUUUCCUGGGUGAAUGAGAACCAGGAGGAGCUCCCCUCCCUGGCUUUGGAAGUCCAGAGGGAAUACAUAGCCCAUGUGGUGGAGGCCAAGGAAGUGGGCGCGAUCACUCAGGAGCUGGAGAAGAUGUGGGGAGGGAAAGUUCCCCCUUCCAAACAGCUUCUGAUAGAAGAAUUGGACUGAAGCACAAACACACACCCCUUGCAAAGGAUCAGGUGGAAAUUGUGGGACAGGAGAGGGCCUGGGGGAGAAGAGGGCGGUGGGCUUUGGAUCGCAACACGGGGUCUCAGGACCUGAAGUCUAAACGUGAAGGUGAGAAAGGAACAGGUUAGGUUUGUUUUUCUCCUCCCCCUAAACUGGACAUGGAUUGGUGGCAACAAUGGGAGAGUUGUAAUUAAAAAUGCAAGAC